GGGAUCGGAAUUCAUUCUCUCUAAAACUCCCUUGUAAAAGCACCCGUGCAUUCUCCGUUAUAAUAUAAAUUGGGAUACAGGUGUUCCACCUAAAGUCCUACCGGUCAAUCUGCGUGUUUUUACCUUUCUUACUUUGCCAAAUCGAACAAACUAUUCUAGACCCGAUCUAGUAUAGUUUGACCGGUCAAGUAAUUUACACCAUCAUUUUUGGCGCCGACCGUGGGACCGUUAAGGUUUCUUCUCCUAAACACAAACCUACCCACCAAAACACCGCUCGAAAUGUCUUCCAGCCAACAAAUCAAUGCUACUUCCGCUCAGGUGCAAGCCACCAACGAGGGAGCCAGCAUCCCUGUGGCUGCUACCAUACCGGUCAUUUCAGCCCCGGUGUUGCCUUUGGGUCUGAGCUCUGUCCCGACGGCCAGCGUGAUCAGUCCCUUCGCGACCCCCGUCCCUUCCGCUGGACCGAGGGUCACGUUCCCACCAAGCAUGACCCAGUUCAUGAAUGACCCAGCCAACCUACAAGCCAUCCAGGGCUUUGGCCAGGUCAUGGCCAUGUGCCAACAGAGUGGGGGGAUGCCUUUUCUCCCUAGUAUGUUUCCGUUCGCUCUUCCAGGCGCGGGAACCAUGCCCCUACAAGCCCCGAUGGCGGUGACGUCGUUCCAGACGCCAAUGCCGCAGCCAUCACCUUUCCAGCCCCAGCUGGUCAGCACCAUGGCCCCUGUCAACUUGGCCGGCGCACUUAACGCUGCAGGGCCGUCGCGUCCCCCGUCCCACAAGAAGAAGAAAGGGAAAAACAUCCGGCCAGCGACCUCCCGAAACUCCGCCUUCGAAAGGCUGGGGGAUAGGGAGGAAGGCCAGAGGAAGUCAGCCAAGCAAAGGCUGGGGCAGAGCGUUGCCCAUGUCAGCGCGUUCGCCCGGCUAGGCGAGGUGCGGGAGGCCGAGCCUGCCCGCACCCGGCGCUCCCGGUCUAACCGGCAGGAGCCAGCAAGGACGAGGGCCUCUCGUCAAGAAGAGGAAGCAGAGAGCCAGCCCAGGUUACCGGUGGCAAACCGGUUGACCAUCCCAAAUGACCGCGUCCAGCAGAUGGAGGCAAAAUUGGAAAGGCUGGAAAGGAAGGUCGGGGAAAAGAAUGACCGGGACAAACCCUUGGCGGGGUCCCCGUUCACCACAAGGGUCCAUCUGACACCUUUCCCGCGAAAGGUCAAGAUUGACGCCCCUAGGUUCACCGGGAAGGAAGAUCCGGAAAUCCAUCUGGAUUCCUUCAACCAGAGUGCGACCAUGAACGGUUGCACCGAUGAAGAAAAGUGCCUUCUUUUCUUCCAAACCUUGCGGAACCGAGCCACUGAAUGGUUCAAUAAGCUUCGCCCGGGAAGCAUUGAUUCGUUCAGUGAUUUGGCCUCAAAAUUCAAGGCCAAGUUCCAGGAGAAUUGUACUAAGAGGAAGAAAUUCACCUAUCUUAGUACAGCCGGGCAGAGGGAGUAUGAGAACCUUACUCAGUUCCUUACCCGGUGGAAGGAAGAGGUAGACAAGGCGGAAGAGAUGGAUGACAAGACCGUCCUAUCCCUCCUCUUGAAUGGCUUGCGUGCUGGGGAACUAUACAAGGAGUUCUGCCGGAAACUCCCAGCCACGUAUCAAGAGGCCUACCACACCGCAUGGGAGUUUGCUGAAGCUGAAACCCAGCUCCAGGCAAAGAGAGAAGCUGAGCAUGGUCACAAGUCCAAGCCGGUGCAAGUCAAGAAGGAAGAAGCACCGGGACCUAGCCGGCCGAGGCACCACUAUGACCCGGUCAUCCGAGUGGUCAAUACGGAAGAAUGCCAAGAAGUCCGGAAAGCACCGGUCAUUCCUCCAGAAAACCCUACCGGUCAAGUAAGGCGGCAGUGGUCGGGCACCUAUUGUUCGUACCACAGGUCAGAUUCCCAUAACAUCUCCGAAUGCAGUGGAGAGCUGGGCAAGGAUUACUUGCAGAAAGCCCAAGAGAAGAGUCAUCAAUGGGUUAGGCCAACUGCCCUGGGAGAUGACCGAGACAACGACCGGCGGAGGAAUAACCAGCCAAGGGAGCGGCAACCUGCUCCCGAAAAAGAGCACAUCGGCAUAAUCUUCGGCGGACCCGAGGGUGGAGAUUCAGCCGCGCAGCGGAAGAACUUGGUCCGGAGCAUUUACGUUGGAGAGGUAAGUGCUGAACCGCCCAGGCGUAAACAUACUAGGAGGGAGCCUAUCGUCUUUACUGACCGGGAUCUCCCUCCUACCGGUGAAGAUCACAAUGAUCCAUUGGUCAUCACCAUGGACAUUAAUGGGGUGGAUGUCGCCCGGGUACUUGUUGACAUCGGCAGCAGUGUCAACAUCUUAUACCUGGAGACCUUCCAAAAACUCAGGUUGUGUCGAACACAACUUGAACCCCUCAAAACCCCUCUCUCAGGCUUCACGGGGGACACCGUUGAAGCUGAAGGAUCCAUAGUUCUACCGGCCGAACUAGGAUCAGGUGAAAAGACCGUGUGGAAGAAGAUGCGGUUCAUAGUUGUGGACAUCAAAUGCGUCCACAACGCAAUUCUUGGAAGGCCAGGCAUCAAUAGAGUCGGGGCGGUGAUUUCCAUGCCUCAUCUAUGCAUGAAAUUCCACACUCCAGGUGGUGUGGGUGAGGUGAAGGGCGACCAGAGGAACGCCCGGGAGUGCUAUGCCCGGGCAGUCAAGAAAAUGACCAAGGGGGUCAAUGUCAUCUCCCAAGAGAUCACAAAGGGAGAGACCCGGGAGAAAUUGGAGCCCGAGGCCGAGACGGUGGAAAUCGAACUUCACCCGGGUGAUUCUUCGAGGGUGGUCAGAAUUGGAGCAAAUCUCCCCGAGGAUAACAAGGCACAGAUUACACGGGUCCUCCAAGAAUACGCGGGCAUAUUCGCAUGGAGCGUGGCGGAUAUGCCCGGGAUAGAUCGCUCUGUUAUCUGCCACCGGUUGGCCGUGAGGGAGGGAAGUCGACCGGUACGACAGAAGAAGCGGUACCUGGCCAGUGACCGGCGAGAGUUCGUCAAGAAGGAAGUGAAGGACCUCCUCAGUGUUGACUUACCGGUCAACAAGCCCACUGAGCAAUGGUGGGAGAUGGCGGUUGAUGGGGCAUCCGGUCCUAGAGGAUACGGGGGUGGUAUCGUGUUCACCACCCUAGAAGGGUUCAAGAUCUACCAUGCAAUCGUCUUCAACUUCAAACUGACGAACAAUGAGGCAGAAUAUGAAGCUCUGGCUGGAGGGCUCAGACUGGCCCAAGCCCUGAAAAUCAGCCGGGUCAAUAUCAAAUCUGACUCUAGCCUGAUAGUUGGGCAGGUGACCGGUAACAUGGAAGCAAGGGAAGGACGCAUGGCACAAUACAAGGACCUUGUACUUGCCCUGUCGAAAGGCUUCGAAGAGUUCAAGAUCGCCUAAAUUCCCCGGGCGGAAAACGCGGAUGCAGACCUUCUCUCCAAAUUGACGCAGUAUGCUCCCGAGCACGUUUCAAAACUUGCCCGGGUAGAGAUCCUUGACCGUGCAAGCAUCGAAAAAUUGGAAGUCGCCGCUAUAACGGCCGGUAGCCAAUUUGACCGGUCAAACUUGGUUGGGGCGGACGACCAUUGGAUGUAUGAUCUGAUGGAAUAUUUGAUGGAUGGGAGCUUGCCAGAACAAGAUGACCGGGCAAGAAAAGUGAAGCUCAGGG